AUGACCCCGCUGCACCGGGCGGUGACGGCCGGCGCCAGCAGGGUCUUCGAGUUCCUCCUCGACCAGAAGGUCGACCCGUCCGCCAGGGAGGCCCAGGGCCGCAACGUCCUCGACUUGGCCAAGGACCAGUCGGACGCCUCGGCGAGGAGGGCCCUCCUGCAGCUCCUGGAGCACCCCGGCCAGGCGGACGGGCGGGGCGACGCGGAGCAGGCUAUGGGCUCGGAGCUGCGCCGGAGGCCCAAGAAGGACCCGGCGGCCGACCUGAAGGUGAAGUUCGCGCACAACGCGGCCGCCACCUUCUGGUUCGUCAGCGUGUCCCUCGCCUCCUUCCAGUACCUCACAGACAUCCGGGACGCGAGCUGGAGCGCGGCGCCGUACGUGGUGCGGGGCCCAGCUGCGGGCCCCGCCCGACAGAGGGUGGGCGCCGCGUCGGCCGCGCGCGUCUCGCUCGGGCCCGUCCGCCCCAGUGGCGGCGGGGAGGCGGAGGAGACGGCGCCUCCCGAGGGGCACACUCCCGGCAUGGGCGGCGCCAACGGCUCCGGCAGCGCCGCGAGAGCAGUCGGGGAGGCGGACGCCGCCGCCGGCCAGGCCGCAGAGCCAGCGCCCCUGGUGCUGAGCGGCUCUGGCGCGAGGCCAGGCGAGCACGAGAGCGCCACGGCCAGGAAGUACAGGCCGCUCCAGAAGCACCCAGCGCUCUUCGACACUGAGUCGGGGUGGCAGGAGGACUGGUUCGACGCCGACUUCCUGGCCGCGAUGCGGGCGGACACCGACGAGGCGUGGUCGAGCGCGGUAGAGGAGCACCUCCCCGGCGCGCUCUUCUCCUGCAGGAUGUUCUCAAAGAAAUUCUGCGACAUGCUCAUAGAGGAAGUCGACAACUUCGCUGCGACCGGGCUGCCAGCCAGACGGCCCAACAGCAUGAACAAUUACGGCAUAAUCCUUAACGAAAUCGGGUGGAAGCCCAUGGUAAAUGUGCUGCAGGAUAACAUCCUUGCGCGCAUCGCCGCGAGAUACUGGCCGCACAUAGCCCCGUUCGACGGGCACCACACCUUCAUUGUCCGGUACAAGGAGAAUGAGGACCGCGGCCUCGACAUGCACACGGACGACAGCGACGUCACGUUCAACCUCUGCCUCGGCAGGGAGUUCAGCGGCGCGGGGCUCAGUUUCUGCGGCGUCAUGGGCCAGCCGGACCACCGCAGGCACAGCUUCACGUACAAGCACAACAUUGGGCGGUGUUGCUGGCACCUGGGGAGGCAGAGGCACGGAGCCGACGACAUCACCGCCGGCGAGCGCCUUAAUCUGAUCGUCUGGAACCACACUCCACGUACCGCAAGACCUCGGAAUACAAGUCUGCUCCCUACAAGAAGGAGAAGGGGCCUCCCGACCAGGUGUGCCUGA